GGAGAGCGGCCGGAGAAGGAAGACAUCUGACAGUGGGAGGAGUAGUGCCACGUCAUUGGUGUCAGUGGGAGGAAUAGUGUCCCAUCAUUGGUGUCAGUGGGAGAAUAGGCCCCAUCACUGAUGUCAAUGGGAGGAAUAGUGCCCCAUCAUUGGUAUCAGUGUGGUAGGAAUAGUGCCCCAUCAUUGGUGUCAGUGGUAGGAAUAGUGCCCCCAUCAUUGGUGUCAGUGGUAGAAAUAGUGCCCCAUCAUUGGUGUCAGUGGGAGGAAUAGUGCCCCAUCAUUGGUAUCAGUGGUAGGAAUAGUGCCCCCAUCAUUGGUGUCAGUGGGAGGAAUAG